UUCACUUCCUCACUGUUUGGAGACUCACAGCCACAGCAGGCUCCCAGUUCACCCGAGGAGAAGAGUCUAAGGAGCAGCUGAGCCCCUCUCUCCUCUUCCCCACAGCACCUGGCAGGGGCUUCACAGGCGGACGGAAGGGCACGAAUGGGCAGAGCAGAACUUCCAGAAGGGAAAAUGAGUACCCAGGAUCCCUUGGAUCUGUGGAGCAGAUCAGAUGGAGACGCUGAGCUGCUUCAGGACUUGGGGUGGUAUCAUGGCAACCUCUCACGUCAUGCAGCUGAGGCUCUUCUUCUCUCCAAUGGAUGGGAUGGUAGCUACCUUCUGAGAGACAGCAAUGAGCAGACUGGACUGUACUCUCUCUCCGUGAGAGCCAAAGACUCUGUCAAACACUUUCAUGUUGAAUAUACUGGAUAUUCAUUUAAAUUCGGCUUUAAUGAAUACUCAUCUUUAAAGGACUUUGUCAAGCAUUUUGCAAAUCAGCCUUUGAUUGGAAGUGAGACAGGCACUCUGAUCGUUCUGAAACAUCCCUAUCCAAGAGUAGUGGAAGAACCUUCCAUUUAUGAAUCUGUCAGGGUUCACACAGCAAUGCAGACAGGAAGAACAGAAAGUGACCUCGUGCCCACUGCACCUUCCCUGGGUACCAAAGAAGGCUACCUCACCAAACAGGGGGGCCUUGUCAAGACCUGGAAAACAAGAUGGUUCACUUUGCACAGAAAUGAACUGAAAUACUUCAAAGACCAGAUGUCUCCAGAGCCAAUUCGGAUCCUAGACCUAAGGGAAUGUUCAGCUGUUCAAUUUGAUUAUUCACAGGAAAGGGUAAACUGUUUUUGCUUAGUAUUUCCAUUCAGGACAUUUUAUCUCUGUGCAAAGACAGGAGUAGAAGCGGAUGAAUGGAUCAAAAUAUUACGAUGGAAAUUGUCACAAAUCAGAAAACAGCUGAAUCGAGAGGAAAGCACAAUCCGAUCUCAGUCAUUCAUCUUUAAAUAGAUCUUUCUCACCAAAGAGUGGCCUUGGCCCUGAGCAAGGUGGAAUGCUCCCUGGUAUUGUGAUACAUAGCAGGAUUCAGAUGAAAGCUGACCAAGGAUUUUUCUUCAAAAGCAAAUCAAAAGCAGAUACUGACCAGGACCCAUAUACCACGUUCACAGACUCUUGGGAAACUGCUGCCAUUCCAAGAUGUCGCCAUGUCCAGCACACUGAAGCAAUUGUUCUGAGAGAAAUCAAUGGACCCCCACCUCCAGGUCUGCUCACUCUCAGAACACAUAAUGCAAGAUGAAGGGAUUUUUGUCUUUACUCCAAGUAGCCCCCAUGCUUGCUGACAUGAGUUGUCGAGUUCCACUCUGGGUCAAGGUCAGCUCACUGACCUUGAAGUUGUGCUAUUAUGCAGGAAGUAAACAGUCCUAUGUUUGGAAAGCUUAGACAGCUUCUUUAUAAAGUAUAUGGAGAUAGCAGACAUCAAGGAUUUUUUGAAGGAGAGGUUGUUUUUUGCUUUUUUGUUCUUUAUACAAAAGUCAAAAACUGUUUCCAAAACUAAAAUGGAACCUGCUUAUUGUUUUUAUUUUCUCUUCUAAAAGCCUUAGAAAUCUAGUGUGUCUUUCACUUCUAAUGAUAAAACUAUGAGAACUAAAUGUCCUAUGGGCAAUUAUGUGGGACAAUAAAGGUACAUGAAGAUACAA